AUGUCAUCGUCAUCAGUUAAAUUAUUUGCUUGUUUUCUUGGAAUAUUUGUUGCCUAUCUUUUAUUUGGUAUUGUUCAAGAAUCAAUAGUAAAAAAGAAAUAUGGAGAGAAUGAUAAAUUUACUUAUAUAUUAUCACUUGUAUUUUUUCAAUGUAUUUUUAAUGCAAUUGUAUCAAAAGUCAUACUAGUUGUACGAAAUACACCUAGAGAUACAACACCAUCAAAAAUGUAUGCAUUUGCAUCAUUUACAUAUUUAUUUGCAAUGCUUGCAAGUAAUUAUGCAUUAGAAUUUGUUAGUUAUCCAAUGCAGGUUCUUGGAAAAUCAGUUAAACCUGUACCAGUCAUGCUUUUAGGUGUACUAAUAGCAAGAAGAAGAUAUCCAUUAAUAAAAUAUUUCUAUGUUUUAUUAAUUGUUGCUGGUGUAGUCUUAUUUAUGUAUAAGAAACCAAAAGAAACAACAAAAAUGGUAGAAUCAGGUGGAAUAAUUGGUAUCGGAGAAUUUCUUUUGAUGGUUUCACUUGCAUUUGAUGGUUUAACAGGUGGUAUACAAGAUAGAAUUCGCAAUAGUCAUAGAGUUCAGGCUUAUCAUAUGAUGUAUUCAAUGAAUAUUUGGUCAUGUUUAUGGGCAUCUAUUGGUGUAAUAGCAACAGGUGAAAUCUAUGGUUUAUUUAAUUUCAUUACACUUUAUCCUCAUGUUCUUGGUCAAAUGUUUUUACUUGGAUUAACCGGUGCUAUUGGUCAAAAUUUUAUCUUUCUUACUAUUGAAUGGUUUGGUCCAUUGACAUGUUCAAUAUUUACAACAACAAGAAAAUUUUUUACUAUACUUUGUUCUGUAAUUAUCUUUGGUAAUCCAAUAACUAACCAGCAAAUAUUUGGAACAGCACUUGUUUUUUGUGGUCUUUUCCUUGAACAAUUUUUUGGAAGAGCUAAUCAUAGAUAG